AUGAGCAAUUUCACGUUCACUAUCCCGUUCUAUCCACCCUCUGGAGAGGUUGCUGAAGGGGGAUCUGCCGAAUAUUCCUCUUCAUCCUGCCAUUCCUCAUCACCCCUACGUGUUCUUGGUCGAUUGCCAGACAAGUUUACUUCGGACAUCUUGGAUCAUAUGCUCCUCGGGAUUCCGAAAUUGGAUCACUCUUGCUUUCAUCGCCUCAUUAUUAUCACUCAGGCGAGCCAGCAACUCAACCAGAUUGUGAACGACUAUCUCGUCCGUCCGCAUCUUCAAGAUAUUCUUCGAACGGCACUCGAUAAAGUCAAUUCUCGAAAAUACCCAUUAGUCACUCUCGGAUCUAUGGCGGAAUCGUGUAAUGGGGAGACUGUGAACGCUGGUUUGCUGUUAGGAGGGACAUGGUCGAAAGAAGCUGAGCUCGAUGUUAUCACAAAGGCGGAUUCGCUGCCAGAGCUGGAGUGUUUGCCAGAUGACGAGCCUGACAUCCUCCCCACACAGGCUAUUCGGGACACGCCAGGCCCGGCGCGUGCUUUGCUCCUCGUCCCGACGUCUAGCAGUGGAGGUCGUAUCCCUUUUCAAGAUGUAGUAGAGAGAUCAGACAGCGCGUACUUGGACCGGUUCUUGGACGUUGUGGCGGAUCGAGUGACCAACGCUCGUCUCCAGACCUCUUUAACAGUCGGCAACGAAUCUGCUUAUUGGCAGAUCGCAUCUGAGCUGUGCCGUUUUGUCUCCGUAGACCAGGCUCGCAGGCUCGACACGGGAUGGGGAAUCCAUGUGAGCAACGAGUACAACUGGGUCAGCGGUGAAUCACUAUGGCAUGUCGCAGUUCGGAUUGGCCGCGGCGUUGAUUUCCUAGAGUAA